GCUCACCAAUUACCCCCGGCCCUGCUGCUUUCGGCCACAUUCACACGUUGCGGAUCUGUUGCGGUUUGAUGUUUCCACAGCAGAUCCGGUACAUGUGACUAUCACGCCCGGAGCCGCUGACAGAGGAGACUCCGGACCGGAGAGCAGCGGGCGGAAUGAAGAGUGAACAUUUCUAGGAAAAGCGAAAUAAACCCAAGAAUGGAAACUGUAAAGUCCGGGGAGCCCAGCGCGGAGAUGACUGGGGGACAGGGAGACCGGCGGGCGGAGGAUGGAGCCGGAUAGGCCGGACCGCGAAGAGACGACUCACCAUGGCGGACAGGAAGAGAGAAAGGAAGGAGAAGGCAUUGUGGGUAAUAUUUGUAUGCGUGCCGAAAUAUCGCGAUACUUGGCGUCAGGAAACGAGACCUGUGACUGCGGCUACGAGCUCUCAGAAUAUGGGGCAGCGCCUCCUACAGGCUCCGAGAAGCUUCUGCUACUGGUUGUUCUCUUUUUACGAGCCAGCCAAUCACCGCGGACAUCUAGUGGGAAAAGCUGCAGAGAAAAGGCGGUGAUGGCGCAGCAGAGAGUGCUACCUCAGAGUAAGGAGACGUUGCUCCAAUCCUACAACAAGAGGCUAAAGGACGACAUCAAAUCCAUCAUGGACAACUUCACCGAGAUCAUUAAGACUGCCAGGAUUGAAGAAGAACAUCAGGUCAGCCGCUCAACCCAAGGGGAGCAGGACAACUAUGAGAUGCACGUCCGCUCCGCUAACAUAGUCCGGGCUGGAGAGUCACUCAUGAGGUUAGUGUCUGAUCUGAAGCAAUAUCUGAUCCUGAAUGACUUCCCCUCUGUGAACGAGGGCAUCAACCAGCGCAACCAGCAGCUCCGCAUGCUCCAGGACGAAUGUGACAAGAAACUGAUCUCCCUGCGGGAUGAGGUUGCCAUAGACCUGUAUGAACUUGAAGAGGAAUAUUACUCCUCCAGCUACAGUGUGUGUGAGCCAAGCGAUCUCCCGCUGUGUGAAGCAUACUGGAUCAGAGACAGUCUUGACUUCUCGCCUCAGGAUCCUUCCAUCCCGAUGACGUCGGUGACAUCUGAGAACAGCUCCAUCCCCAGUCAGAUCAGUGCCUCUCCUCACCUGAACGGACAUGGAGUGAGCCUGUCUGAGCACAGCUGAGGAUCGGUAUGUAGUGCAGGUCCUUCACUGUCUGGACAUAAACUCUGGGUAAUGACCUCCAUGGAGACCACUGGCGGUUGCGUUGAUGUCCUAGGAGGUGGGCCUGACACUGACAUCCUCCCUCAUUGUAUUGUCCUGGAGGCGCCUUCAGUGCCUAUCACUGAUAGUAUCCGGACGGUCACUCCUAGUUACAGAGGCGAUGUCUGCUCCAUGCACAGGCCUGGUGAUGAUCACUGAAGAAUAUCUGCCUCCCUUCCCCUGCGCUGUUCUUUCCAUCCCAUGGAAUAUUGAGGACUUUUUGUCUUACAUUUGUUCUGUAAACUUAUAAUAAGUGUUUGUCUUGUUUUCAGUCACAGUGUUAAUAAAUGCUCAGGAGACGUCACUGUC